CCUGGAAGCACUUGGUGAGAAGGAGGGCUCGGAGGCCGGGUCCGGGCCAUGACGGAGUUAGGAAAGAUGGAGAGGUUGGAGAAUAGGGGAAGCUUGUAGUGUCGUCAGAGGCCUCGAAGGAGGAAGCUAUACAAAGCAGAGGGAGACACAUCGGAUCCAGUCAGUGUUGUUUCAAGCUUCCCUCUGAUAGCAGAUACUUUGCUAGCGAGUGGUCAGAUCCAACUUAGCCAUGAGCGAGUUGUGACCGAAUUUGUUGUAGUAACCCCCACCAUCCAUCACUACUUUUACCUGUGAUUGUAUCACCUAAUUCUGAGGGUCCCCUGAUAUAUUGGACCCACCCCAUCAUCAACAUCAACCUUAAAGCAGAACGUUUGAAGACCGACCGACCUUGCUCAAGUGUGGAACGCGUUCUCUCUUUGACACAAAAACAGCAACAAGAACGAAAGAAAGAUAUCACGCAUUAAACAUUACAACAUUUGGUGUCCUUCCUGCUAGUUCCUGCACCUAUCUGGUCCGUUCAUUUGAGAGAGUUUACGUUCAAGUUUACGAUUCAGUCAGCGACGACGAUCUUGCCGUUGUCUCGUUACUUGAUCGAACCCACCAUUUUUUGGAGAAGCACGAAGUACACACGUACCUAGUGCUACCUACUACCUCCUAGUAGUACACAUACAUCAUUUCUGGGAUACCACCAUCGCUACUACUCGUUAGUAACAAAACUGGUCCCGCUGCCGCUUCCAUCUACCAGCGGAUCCCAAGUUCGUACACAAAGUACCCCACCUCUCUCACUGUCUCUCAGGCUCAGAACGCUCAGAACAUCCAGGUUUUGGGAGCCCGAACUAUCCAAUCAGCCAACUAGCCAGCCAGCAGCUAAACAUCUAACCAGCCAGCCCACAGCCCAGGCAAGUUCGUUGUUCGAUCUACCAAGUCGUCGUCCCUCUAUCCGCCAUCCAAGUCAGUACUCAGGGCCUAUCGUCCCUCUCACCUGACUCAGUGCCCCAGGACAAGGUCUUUUGACUAGGCAAGUUGGUUUGGCCGAGUCAAAUUGGAGAAGUAGAAGCAUUCCAGUCGUAGUGCAGACCAAAGUGACCUUUGGUUCGGCUGUAGACGAUUGUCCCAACUAAAUCAUAUGGGCGAAGCUGAAAUCUUAAACACUCACCACUGUUACAUCCUUAACUUUCACGAUACAAGCAUUAACCGUUGUCGUGCCCUUUGAAUUCCUUCAGAUCUCUGCGUAUCCAUCCAAUUCACACUGAAAACAAAGAAACCAAGCCUGAACUGCAACAGCGAAGGCAACUUCACCAAAAACUUAGUUACUCCGAUUUGUACACUUACCACGAUGCAACGUAAGCAAACUCCCGCUGCGACUGCCUCACCCGCAGUCGAAAUGUUCCGAAAUGCCAAUCAAACACAGAAGAAUUCGCUCAACAAACGGGAGAGUGGCAUGUCCUUGAUCUCUGAAUGUUCCUCCACUGGUUCGUCUUGUGAUUCCCGACGAGAAUCCGUGGAUUUUAAUGACGAAAGCUAUGGCAACAUGGGAUCUCCUAUGGUCAUUGGGAGUGAAGCAUCAUCCCUGGUCUCCGAGGUCUCGAACCACUUCCCCCUCCAUGCCAUCAAAGAAAACACGAAUGGAGGAAGCAGCGGCGAAGGCUCCCCAGCCUCCAAUGCCAAUGUGUGUGCCGGUGAACGACGCAAGAAACGCAAGAAGAAGAAGCGUUUGGUCGAGAGUCUUUCUUGUAGCACCUUUAAGGAUAUCUACUACCUCACCGGUGACGUGCUAGGCGAGGGCAGCUAUGGCCGAGUGGAGACCUGCAUCAACAUGUUCACGGACGUGGAAUAUGCCGUCAAAAUCAUCAGCACGAGCAAUUGGUGCUUUUCCCGCUCCAAGGUUUUGAAAGAAAUCGAACUGUACUAUCUUUGUCAAAGCCAGCCCAAUAUCAUCCAGCUCGUUGAGUACUUCGAGGAGACGGAUAACUUUUAUCUCAUCUUUGAGAAGGCCUAUGGAGGUCAACUGCUCAGUCAAAUCCAGAAGCGGGUUCACUUCACAGAAGUCGAAGCUGCCUCCAUCAUCCGAGAUUUAGCACAGGCUCUGGAGUUCCUCCAUGAGCGGGGCAUCGCCCAUCGGGAUCUGAAGCCGGAAAAUAUUCUUUGCCUCAGCGCCAACUCUCCUCUUCCGAUCAAAUUAUGUGAUUUUGACCUUUGCUCCGGGGUUCAUCAAAGUAUCACUACUCCCUUGCUGCAAAGCCCAGUGGGUAGCGCCGAGUACAUGGCCCCAGAGGUUGUCAAUGCUUUUAACAUCUGUGAUGAAUUUGACGAUGACGAUGAACUGACCUACGACAAGAAGUGCGAUCUCUGGUCGUUGGGUAUCAUCGCUUACAUAUUACUCUGUGGCUAUCUGCCCUUUGCUGCCGGCAAAUGUGACCAGGACUGCGGCUGGGACCGUGGUGAGGAGUGCGGCAAAUGCACUCGGAGUCUCUUCAAUGCCAUCUGCAAUGGGACAUUGAUCUUCCACGAGCAAUAUUGGUCGUCCAUCUCAAGUGAGGCCAAGGACCUAAUCUCCAAGCUCUUGGUCCGGGAUGCCUCCCUUCGUCUUGAUGCCGGGGAGGUUCUGAAGCAUCCUUUCAUCGUAAGUGGAGGUUCAAGCGCUCCCCUAGAGACGCCCUCCAUGCUCCGAAGACAAACCAGCGUCAAAGAAUUUUCCGAUUUCACCACCAGUGCCUUGGCCAUAAAGAGGAACUUUGAAACCAACACUUCCUUCAGCAAGGCUUUCCGCAAAACCAGUCGAAGCGGAAUGAGGCGAUCAGCCACUUCCUCGGAUUUCAUCCCGUCAUCGGGCACCAACCUGAACGUGGAUGCCACUCGCUCCCGGAAAACGAGUGCUCAAAUCAUGAGACGUCAGACAUCGUUGAUCUUUCCCGAGGAGCAUCCCAUGGUUGCAUUUGAGAUCCAUGGCGAAGAGUCCGUGGAGUGGCCACUCAACCUCGCCACGUGUGUAUGCAUCCAGUUAGGGCUGGGCUUCCGGCAUGAAUCCCGUCAAGUGCUUAGUUACUUGGUGAGCUGUUCCUUUGCUUUUAUUGUAUUUCAGUUCCAUUUUGGGAACCAACCACAACAAGAGAAAGGCACCAUGAGGGACAUCAUCGAACACGUUCAGAGUGAUAUCAGCCCAAAAACGAUCGACAUCACUCGCGGAAAGCGUCGCCGGGGGAAGAAGCCUAGCCACCGAAAAUUGGAACCCCUUUCAUUUCGCGAAAAGUAUCAGCUGACCGAGGAACAACUGGGCGAGGGUAGCUCGAGUAAGGUGGUUGUAUGCGUUAAUAACCUCACUGGCGUCUCGGUGGCAGUGAAGGUCGUCCAGAAGACUCCGGGAAUUUUCUCGCGAAGCAAGAUGCUCAAGGAGAUCGAAACCUUCUAUUUGUGCGAAGGCCAAGAUAACAUUCUCCAGCUCUUAGAGUUCUUUGAAGAGCCCACGUGUUUUUAUUUGGUGUUUGAGAAGAUGGAAGGGGGCCAACUUUUGGAUCACAUCAAGAAACGGGCACAUUUCUCGGAAAAGGAAGCAGCUCGCAUCAUUCGCGACAUGGCCAGAGCCCUCCAAUUCCUUCACAAGAAGGGUAUUGCUCACCGAGAUCUGAAGCCGGAAAAUGUGCUCUGUGUCCGGAAGGACUCAAUUCAUCCCAUUAAACUCUGCGACUUUGAUCUGUGCUCGAACGCAUCCUCCCAAAUAUCCACUCCAAAACUGCAAACUCCGGUUGGCAGCCUUGAGUACAUGGCCCCCGAGGUUCUCAGCGCCUUUCAACUAUCUGAAAGCGAUGGUUCAGAAUUCGAGGAAGAUGAAGACGACAACGACGAAUAUGAAGGAUUCCAAUCAGGUGCAUCACCGAGCAAUCCUCACAGGAAAGUAUCUGCCCAUCCAAACAGACAUGGGUACAAUAAAAAGUGUGACCUGUGGUCGUUGGGCGUGAUCAUGCACAUUUUGCUAAGUGGUUCACCUCCAUUCUCUGGCAAUUGUGGUCAAGAAUGUGGCUGGGACAACGGGGAGGCGUGUCCAAUCUGUCAGAAACGGCUUUCAGCGGCAAUUCAAGAAGGAACUCUGAAUCUUGACAAGCCAUUUUGGAAGUCCAUUUCAAACCCAGCCAAAGACCUAUUAAUGAGACUCCUCGAAAAAGAUGUCGAGGCCAGGAUCGACACCAGGUCCUUACUGAACCAUUCUUGGAUCACAGGGGCCGGCAAUGCCAACAUGUUGGGCACUGCCAGGAUUCUUCGUCGCCACGCGAGCACCCAAGAAUUGUCAGACUUCACCACCUCGGCCUUAGCCUUGAACAAGGCCAUAAGUUUCAACGAAGCCGAGGACAGUCGAUUGUCCGAUCGAAGAAAUGUGGCCACUCACAAUCUGACCAAGUCCAAUUCCACCUCCAUUCCAACCGGAGAGAGCCUCUCUCGGCAUCAACGAUUGUGCCGCCAAAACCGACUUAUUCCUAGGGAUUCGUCUCGUGAGCCAAGUUCGACCAUCGGUUCAAUUGAUGAGAACACCUUGUUGAUCUGGGACAAGUAGUAGAUUGGUGGUACGGUGUUAUUUCUUAAUCCGGUCAAGGUGUUGGCCGACCCUUGUGAAUUGUGAGCUUGGAAAUGGGCCCAGCAUGAGACUCUUCCUGCAAUGUCUUAUCAAUAUCUGUGGCUAUUACCUGCAUUACCUCUCCUGCUAGUGACGCACUGGAUUGGCUUGAUUGUCAAAUAGGUUGAAGGUGGUGGUGUGAUGACCAUAUCCAUCACGUCUGCCAAUAAAAUUAUCAGCGUGUCGCCAACCAUUCCCUGUUGAAGAUCGAUCGUUUCCCCUCUUGUAAAAUGAUUGAUCAGAUCGUAAACUUGUCAAAUAACGCCUCCAAUUGGUUUGUCUGUCCAACUAAUAAUUGAGAGAUCAAGAGAACUAGAUGGAAGGAAGCGAGCGGAAAUUCAGUCCACAUUGAAGGACCAAGUGCCGCCGAUUUUCAACAGAGAUAUGACACCAAUUUCAAGCCAAAUUCCCUCUUAAUUGAAGAGAUUGGUUGCCUCC